AUGAAGAUGUCUCAAAAUACUUCCGACAAAGACGAGCAGUCGUCAAGCAACAAGAAGAACAUCUCCCUCCCUAUUUCCAGAGUGAGGUUGAUAAUGAAGAGCUCUCCGGAUGUCUCAAGCAUCAACCAGGACGCUUUGUUUCUCACCACCAAGGCGACAGUGAGUCAGGCUGCAGUUCAAUGCUAACACUCUGCUACAAACGCUAACAGGGAUAAUAAUACACAAGCUAUGUCUGCCUUGGUUUUAUCAAAAGCUCAUCUUCAGUUUCUACUCUUGUGUUGUUGUAGGAGCUGUUUGUCCAGCACCUGGCGCUGUCCUCAUUCAACAAAGGCUCCGGGAAAGAGACGAACAGUCUGUCAUACAGCGACCUGGCUCACACGGCGGAGGAGACGGAGACUUUCCACUUUCUUACAGGUGAGAUUUUCAUUAAACUCAAAGCUAUUCAACUACAUGUGUUUACAGUUUUACUGCAUGCUAAAUAAAAUGUUUUUAUUUGAAGUAUUGUUGAUGUUGAGGGUAGGGAUGCACCGAGCUGAUAUUUGGAUCGGAUAUCGGCUCCGAUAUUAACAAAUCAACUGGAUCGGAUAUCGGAUGAAUGACGCCGAUCCAGUGUCUUUUUUCCUUUUAAUACACGGAAGUCUUAUUUCGUUUUGCUGUGUGCUAAUGUGCAAUUCGAUAAUUUUUAAUAAAUAAUAUUAAGUAAAUUUAUUCUUGUGUUACCUUUUUUAUGACAAGGCUAAUGUCAAGCCUAAUGCCUUCACUCACAGGGCAAGGUAUACAGUUUAUUCAUUCAAAAGUAGUAUUGGAUCAUAUCGGAUAUCAGCUGAUACACUCAGCCCAGGUAUAGGUGCAUCAAUAGUUGAUGGUUUCUAAUAAUUCAUUUUCACUUUAAAAACCUCAGAACAAUAAGUAUGUGUGUUUCUGCAUCCAUAAUAUGUGAGUUAAAUGAAAUCAGGUCAAGAGCUGCAUGUGUUACACUAAAGGGAAUAAAAGGUGUAAGGUUUAACCUGUUUUCUUUUAAACUGACAGACAUCUUGCCAAAGAAGAUACUGGCUAGUGAUUAUCUCAAGUCACUGGAGCAAAUGCAAGAUGAAGAUGCAGACUAUUGA